UACGCUCGACCUCUGUCCUCUUCUUCCCCCUUACGCCUCACUGACAAGCAGUCGUACCAGAAAUCGUACCUGUUUCAUCCUAAAUCGAAGAUUGACCUCUUCCUCACGUAAGCGACCUUCUUCCUCAGAAAUCGAACCUGUUUCAUCCUGCAGAACUCGAAGAUCGACCUCUUCCUCACGUAAGCGACCUUCUUCCUCAGAUUUUGAUCAAUAACAAUGGCGAUCAGACCAUCGAUAGGGUUAGAGGGCGUUGGAGGAUUAGCUAUUCACAUUAUCAUAUCGAAACUUGGACCUUCUGAAGCAGCAGCUGUGGCUUGUGUUAAUAAACUUUUCAAGGAGUGGGCUUCCGAUGAAUCUCUGUGGUCAUCUUUCUGUGCUCAAGAACUCAACCUCUCUUCCCCAAUUGAUCCUCUCGGCAAUCCAUCUCCCUCUUUUAAGGCGGCUUAUGGGGCAUGGAGACAAGCUUAUGGUAUGUAUCCGUGGCCGCUGGUUAGACGAGUGAAAAACAUCUGGGGAAGAAUUCGAAGCUGGUUAACAGAAAAUUUCCCGGAGGUUUUGCCCACUCUUCGUAAGGGUGCGUCCGAGGAUGAGAUACAAGAGUUAGAGAAUUCCUUAAAAGUGAAACUGCCUCUUCCUACUAGGGUUCUUUACCGGUUCUGUGAUGGACAAGAUCCGUGCAGUGAUACAUCAAGCGGAAGUAUGCGUAAAAAUUUAUGUGGGUUGAUUGGAGGUUAUUCUUUCUAUAACUAUCUUGUGAAUGUUUUCUUGCUGCCGUUAAAUCUCGUAAUCCGAGAGACAAAGGAUAUUGUACGUCACCUUGGAUUUACGAGACCCAAGUAUAUUGUCAUGGCUGCUUCUUCCACUAACACCGAAAAGAUAUUCUUUCUCGACUGUGAGGAGGGUCAACUCUUUGUUGGCACCAGGAAUCUUUUAACCAAUCGAGAAAUGAUGGCGUGCGUACCAAAGGGAUUGAUAACUUCAGUGCAUGAUUCCGGAAGUGGUUGCCAACAAGAUGGCAUGUUGUUAUGGUUAGAAGAACAUGUCCGUCGCCUUGAAACUGGGAAUAUUAAAGUACGUAAAGAAGGAAAUAUUCGAAGCAUCAGUCUAUUCCCUGAACAACCUCCCCUUUGUUCCGUGGCUACAACUGGUGGUGUUCAGGUUCGUGCUUCUGCUGUGUUUGUACCGGAGUUCAGCGACCUUCUGCAAGCAGCUAAGAAAUAUAUGUUUGCUUACUCGAUCCGUAUGUGUCUUAAACCCGAGGGAUGUGUUAUCAAUGGGAUGUCCUUCGAUUCCUGCCAACUGUAUUGGAGACACUGGAUAAUCAAAGCGAAUGAGAAUGUUGUGGAAGAUAUCAAUGGAGAAGCUGUGAUAGGCCAGGAGUUGAUACAUGCUGCCACCCACAUGUAUAUUUAUCUAUGUUGUUAAGGCGGUUAAAAUCUGAAAUCAUGGUCAGAAAACUGUGAUAUAGCAGUUAUCGCGAUGGUAAAAAGCAGUUCAAAAAUAGCGGGUUUAGCUCAGCUAUUGCAACUGAAAGUUGUGGUCAAAAAAUGCGGCAAAAAGCGCCGCUGUUGUCGGCACUGCUAUUCUCCCGAGGACCGUGAACUGCUGUACCACCGUUAUAGCGGCGCAAUUAACAGCAGAGAUAUUUAUACAUACACAUAUGGAACUUACUAAUUGUCGGAAUCUCGCAUCGGCUAGACACGUACCAUCAAAACUGUUAUGUAUGCAGGAACUUUCCCUUUCUAUAUAAGGGCUCUCUUAGAGAGAUUCACAGUGGUUCCACAUAUUUCAGCACCAAUUAUGAAGAAAAAGCACGUGCUCGGGAUUUUCUUUAGGGCCCGUUCAAGUCUCCUUAGGGCCAUUGGGAAUAUCCGGGCUGUUAUCUUCCAGGGCCUCCUGGGAUUAGUCCAGGUGUGCACAAGCUGGCCAGACACCCACGUUACCAAAAAAAAUUAUGAAGAAAAUGCAUUAAAGCUGAUUCAGAUGGAGUAAUUGUUAAGCCUGAUGGCUUGAACAACAUUAGAAUUAUAAGUGAAGCUCUAAGCAUCCAUCUAGUUCAACAAUAGAUAAUGAGGCACACAAUAGAACGUACUAAGGGGCCAUUUACCAACACUUAUUGGGUAAACGCUUAAUGGGUAAAAGGAACCACCCUCAGUUACCUUACCAGAUUAGAUUGUUGGUAGGUGGUAAGAGUAACCGCCCUCACUUACCUUACCCUUCCUCUUCUUUUGGAUCUUUAUCUAUGACUAGUCGAGAAGGUCGUCCACUAGAAGUGGUCAAGGAAGGAAAUUUUUGAUUCAUGCAAGUUUUUAUUAUCAUUUUGUUUCACUAAAUCGUUACAGAUCCGUUGGUUGGUUCCUUGCCUUUGCAAGGAGAGAUCCCAUAUUCGACCCUUCUCGUUAUCUUUUCUUCCAAAAAAAUUCAAAAAUAAAAGAUAUAGAUGCUGAAAAUAGGAAAUUAUCUAACGCAGGAUUUGAACCCUUGCCCUUCCGAAGGGGAACUUUAAGGUACACCAACUCUGCUAUCACGAACUUCUGUCUUUGGUUUUGUUUCAAGAAAUAUAAGGGCCGCAACGAAAUGUUACUUUGGUAUCCUUCAGAAACACAACUUUUUUCAUCAUGACGGAACAAUGAAAUGGUGGCACGGGCCACUCUAUACCCCUAUAUAGGUUCGCCCCCAGUCAAACCCCGUUCCUCCCAGGCUCCCACUUAUUUUGCAAGGAUGCCCCACUCCUUCCCACUAUUUGCUGCUCUGUAAUUCUGUUAUAGUGUCAAUAAUUGGAGGACAGUAUCUGCUAAAUCCAAUUCAACAUCAUCAAUUUUAUUUGGGAAAAUAAAUAGUUUUAGCUUAAAAAGUUGCCGAAAAAGGAAACGUUGCAAUUUGUAUGGAACAUGCCAAAACGAAAGUAGUUGUAAUUUUCAUGCAAUGGAAUGAGAAUUUGUUCCAUUCUUCUUGUGUUUGUUAUUGGAAGACCUCAUAAUUUCUAUAGAAAUUAUAGCUAAUGUUGCUCUUUAUGCACGCCAAGCGACUUAC